AUGGAGGAGGAGGAGAAUGGUUGGGCUAUGUCCGACCUAAGGGAAACUGAGAUAUGUGUCCUUGGAAAAUACAACACUGAUAGAUAUGUAAAGUGUUAUGUGAUUAAGGUCCCAGACCCUGAUGCCUGUCCUCAUCCAUCUUAUUUUUCUUGUCCGUUAUUCAAACUAAAGGAGAAGAAAAAGCAGCCAAGCUUCAGCCCCAAGGAGCUCAAUCCUUUGAAAUUAAAUGAGGAGAAAAAACCAUGGCCAUCCCAAUACUUCGCAGUGUUGGGGAACCAUCUCUACGCUCUAGGUGGUGUAAUAAAAACCCGCAAAACGGAUGUUUGGAUCCUGGACUUCACCUCUCCUCACAAAGGGUGGAAGGCUGGACCACCAAUGAAUUUCCGUCGACGCGACCCUCAAAUGGUUGUCGUCGAUGGGAAAAUCUUCGUAUUUGGUGGUUUGCGCUUUAAACUGAAAGGUAACUCCGGCUGGAUGGAGGUAUUUGACCCACUUUCCCAAACUUGGGAAAGCCUCCCGAAUCCACCUUCCUAUAUUGAUGAUGAGGAUGAUAUCUUACAUGCUGUCUUGGAGGCCAAACAUGAAAUAGUUGUAGCUAGACCUUGA